AUGGAGAGCCAGCGCUGCUUCGCCAACCGCUUCGAUGACUACCCGGGCAGCCCCGCGGCGGCGCCGGACAGGGACGCGGCGGUGCCGCUGGUGACGGCCACCAUCGAGCGCAUCCUGCGGGAGCUGCCGCCCCUGGGCGGCCCCCGCGGCUGCCCGGGCGGGCUGUACGGCGGCGUGGCCGGCGUGGCCUACAUGCUGUACCACGUCGCGCAGUGCCCGCUGUUCGCGCCGUCGCGGGACUCGUACCUGCGGGCCGCCCGCCGCGUCGUGGACGCCUGCCUGCGCUACCAGGAGGGAUGCGGCGAGGCCGACGCCGACACCCGUGCCGCCUUCCUGCUGGGCGGCGCCGGGGUGUACGCGGUGGCCGCGCUGGUCUACCGCGCCCUGGGGCUGCCCGACUACGCGCGGCCGCUGGGCAAGUUCAGGGAGCUGAGCGAGGUCUGCGCCCCGCUCUCCUUCCUCGAGUGCGGCUCGGACGAGCUGUUCGUGGGCCGCGCCGGGUACCUGUGCGCCGCGCUGGUGCUGAAGCAGCGGCUGGGCAUGGAGGUGCUGACUGCAGCACAAAUUAAAUCAAUUUGCCAGGCCAUACUAGAAUCAGGAAAACAGUAUGCAGUGAAGAAGAGGAAACCAGUCCCACUGAUGUAUUCCUACUAUGGAACAGAGUAUCUUGGUGCAGCACAUGGGCUUUCCUCAAUCCUGCAGAUGUUGCUCUCCUAUUAUGAGUACCUGCAGCCAGCAGAUCAGGAGCUGGUGUGGCAGAGUGUGGAUUUCCUGAUGGACCAGGAGCAGAACAGCAACUGGCCCCCUGAGCUGGGGGAGACCAUUGAGAGGGAGAAUGAGCUGGUGCACUGGUGCCAUGGAGCUCCAGGCAUUGCUUAUCUGUUUGCCAAAGCUUACCUGGUUUCCAAGAAGCCUCAAUAUCUGGACACUUGUAUCCGCUGUGGAGAGCUCACCUGGCAGAAAGGCCUUCUGAAGAAGGGCCCUGGCAUAUGCCAUGGGGUGGCUGGUAGUGCUUAUGUGUUCCUGCUGCUGUACAGGCUCACUGGGAACUCCAAAUACAUAUACAGGGCACAGAGGUUUGCAGAGUUCUUAUUUACAGAAGAAUUUAAGUCUGGUUCCCGGGCACUAGAAAGUGUAUAUAGUCUGUAUGAAGGUUUUUCAGGAACUGUGUGUUUCCUGACUGACUUGCUGCAACCCAACCAAGCUGAGUUUCCUCUCUUCAGUGUCUUUGUCUAA